AUGGGCCGUGCAUCCUUGCCGCUGCAGAUCUUGUUCACGAUCAAAUUCUCAGUUCUCUACCUCUUCGUCUUCCUUUUCCAAGACAUUCCUCGAGUCCUUUUCGGCCGGAAAAAGAAGGUCGCCGGUCAGGUUCGUCGUCAUUUCAGAAUCAACUCUCGAAGAUGUAGGUAAGGAAACAGAUAACGAUCAGAUCUCUCGAAAAAAUCUGACCCGCUUCCAAAAACGCCAAAGUCCAAGUUGAUAUCAAAAAACGUAUCGAAAUUGGAGAUAAACAAUAGAAGGUCGUCUCGAAGUUCCUGUUAAAACUUCUGAUAACAACAAGUUGAUAAGAUGAUAAUACGGGAGGUUUCUCAGGUGGUAGUGAUCACCGGUUCUGGCAUGGGGAUGGGCAAGGAGGUCGCCAAGAAGUUCGCCCUCAGACAAGGCGCCAAGGUCUGCAUCCUCGACAUCAAUGAGGUCCGUCGCCAAAUAUUUCAAGUUAUCCUCAAAGUUCAGAAAGAAGGACUCCGGACGAUGGAGGAGAUCACAGAGGCCGGCGGAUUCGCUCAGUUCUUCAGAUGCGACGUCUCCAAGGCAAAUGAGCUGGAAGACGUCGCCAGUCGGAUCUACAAAGAUCCAGCUCUCGGUACAUCCCUCAUCUUGACUUGAUCCAGAAAUCACUUUCUAGGAUUCGUCAACAUUGUCGUCGCCAACGCCGCGAUUCUGAAGUUUGGCGAGGCGACGACUCUCACUUACGACGACUACAAACUGAAUAACGACGUCAACAUCCUCGGACAUAUCUACGUGAGUUUUUCGUGGUUUUUUAGGCUUGAGAAUAUCCUGAAAAGUUUUCUAAAGCGUUUUUCAAAGUUUUAGGGAGAUACUGAUACAUUUUAGCUGCCCAAACUCCUACAUUUUUAGGAAGAUGAUCUAAGCUUUCAAAACUAGAGAAUUUUUUUAAAAAAAUCAACUUAUGAAUGACACUGAGCUCAUCAGAAAGAACUUUUUUUAAAUACUUGAAUUUUUUUCAUUUUUAAACAUAUUUUUUUCGGUAGUUUUUCAAUGAAGCAAAUUUGAAAAAAAUAAAUUUCUGGGGGUGAUUUCAGGAUUUUCAAACAAUACCUUGGACAUAUGUAUUAAAAAAGUCUCUGAAAUACUCCCUAAAAAAGAAAAAUUACCUACCUUGUAGAAGUAAGAGAUUCUCCAUUCAGACGGUCAAGGCAUUCCUGCCGAAGAUGAUCGAAGCCAAACAAGGACACAUCGUCUCGAUCGGAUCCAUCUGCAGCCACUUCGGCGACUACACCGGCACGGCUUACUGGUAAACGACCUCCGAACAUUCCCCACCUAGAAACUUCUUCAGUGCUGCGAAAUUUGCAUGCCGCGGCUUCAUGGAAGCUCUCCAUUGCGAGCUGCUCGAAAAAGGUCUCGAACAGAUCGCGGUGACCUCCAUCUACCCCUACUUCGUCAAGACCAACUUCAUCUCCAACUUCGAAGAACCCUACAGCACGUCAGUGAAUGAUCCAGAAGUUUGAGAAGAGCUAGUUUUACGGAGAGUACUGUAUGUGAAGGUCCGCAUUCUGACGAGUGCACUUUGUGUGUAUGCACUUUUUUGGCGUGACCUCUCCGCGGCGCCCAUCUCUGCGUUAUUUUCAAUUUUUUGAAAAGUCAAACUAGAAUCAAAGAUUAUUAAAACUGUUUCCUAUAGUUACAGUUCCUCUCGAUGUUAGAAAUAAAAUUGAAAAAGCUCAAGAACUUCACGGAACAAAAGUGCAGACACUUGAGGUCAGAUUGCGGACUUUCACAUACAGUACUCCAAGGAAAACUGUAAACUCCCUCUUUUAGUAACACCAGAAGUACCCUUUUGAAACAUGACCUUCAGAUAUUGGGACGUCGUGCCUCUGGAAGUGGCGACUGACGAAAUCGUCGACGCGAUUCUCUACGAACGUCUGUCCCACUACAUUCCAGGAAGCAUCAAGCUCCUUUGCGUCUACAUGAAAUGGUCUGAAAUCCAAGAAAUACCACACAAAACCCGUAACUUCAGGAUGACGACGAAAGGAACCAUCCCAAUAGGCCGAAAGGUCUUCAACAUCACGUGCAAGCCGAAAACUGGCGAAGUGAAGCAGGUCUGA